GAGGAUGGACGGGGAGGAAAGGGGGUCGGGCGCAUUUUCUGGGAGUCUGGCGGCGGCGGCUGUGGGGGGUCCUGGGCGCGGUAACCUGACUCCGCUGGCCCUCGACGGUCGAGCAGGAGGAGGUCGGCCGGGUCUGACGGUGUCCAGCAUGUCCUGGCUGCUCCAACACAGGACGCUCCGACAAUGAGCAUCAACUCGCCUCUCAGCAACGAGAACGCCUCAGGGAACCUUACGGUGCUGGAAGACGGAGCUGGCCGAGUUACAGAGUCCAUUGCUAUUAUUGUCAUCACCAUUUUCAUUUGUUUAGGAAACCUGGUGAUCGUCCUCACUCUUUACAAGAAGUCGUACCUCCUCACGCUGAGCAACAAGUUUGUUUUCAGCCUGACCCUGUCCAAUUUCCUCCUCUCCGUGCUGGUUCUUCCUUUUGUCGUGACCAGCUCCAUCCGGCGGGAAUGGAUCUUCGGAGUCGUUUGGUGCAAUUUCUCUGCCCUGCUCUACAUGCUGAUCAGCUCGGCCAGUAUGCUCACUCUUGGACUCAUUGCAAUCGACCGGUACUACGCUGUCCUGUACCCGAUGGUUUACCCAAUGAAGAUUACAGGUAACAGAGCUGUUGUUGCCCUUCUGUACGUCUGGCUGCAUUCCCUCAUCGGGUGCCUUCCUCCACUCUUUGGCUGGUCUUCGUUAGAGUUUGACCAGUUCAAAUGGAUGUGUGUGGCCGCGUGGCAUAAAGAAGCAGGCUACACUGCCUUUUGGCAGAUCUGGUGCGCGCUGCUGCCCUUCUUAGUCAUGAUGAUUUGCUACGGAUUCAUAUUCCGCGUGGCCAGGAUUAAAGCGCGGAAGAUUCACUGUGGGAGCGUGGUCAUCGCGGAGGAAGACACCCAAAGGAAUGGGAGGAAAAACUCCAGCACUUCAACGUCCUCGUCAGGCAGCCGAAGGAACGCUUUCCAAGGAGUCGUUUAUUCUGCCAAUCAGUGCAAAGCUUUGAUAACUAUCUUGGUUGUGAUUGGUGCUUUCGUAAUCACAUGGGGGCCUUAUAUGGUGGUUAUUACAUCCGAGGCACUUUGGGGGAAAGACAGCAUUUCUCCUGCUUUGGAGACACUGGCAACUUGGUUGUCUUUUACAAGUGCUAUUUGCCACCCUUUGAUUUAUGGACUCUGGAAUAAAACGGUACGCAAGGAGUUGCUGGGAAUGUGCUUUGGAGACCGGUACUACAGAGAAUCAUUUGUUCAACGGCAAAGGACAUCCAGAUUAUUUAGUAUUUCUAAUAGGAUCACAGAUUUGGGACUCUCUCCACAUCUCACAGCUCUCAUGGCAGGUGAGAGGACUUUAGGACACAGCAGCAGCACUGGCGAUACAGGUUUCAGCUGCUCUCAGGAUUCAGGAACAGAUGUCAUGCUGCUUGAAGACUAUAGUUCUGAUGGAGUUCAUCACCCACAUUGCCUUUAUCCCCAUCGACGGAGGAGUUCUGUGACUUUUGAAGAUGAAGUGGAACAAACUAAAGAAGCGGCAAAGAAUUCUGUUCUCCAGGUAAAAGCUGACGUUCAUAAGUCUCUGGACAGUUACGCAUCCAGCCUGGCCAAAGCUAUUGAGGCAGACGUGAGGAUCACCUUGUUUGGUGGAGACGCUUUACCUGGCUCUCUGUUUCCAGUGCGAACUGUGACAGGCAGCAACGGUGGUGCGGCCCGGCGUGGGGGCAGGACCCACGUUGGCCAAAGACUGCAGCUACAAAGCAUUGAGGAAGGGAACACUUGAAAUUUCUCCCAGCAAGGAACAGACGGAACCACUAGGGACGAUACAGGGCCAUUUGAAAGGAAAGCAAAAUGGCCUUCAGCAUUUUAGUCCAAGGACAUUUAAAAAGAAAAAACCUGAAGUCUUGUCUUAACAGUAUUAGAAUUUGUGUGCAUAUGUCAAAUAUAUGUGUUUUGCCCUUCAGGGUAAGGUUAAGGCCACCUUGUGCCUGACUGACUGCUCAGUUAGGAAACAGGUCAAAACGAAAAGGAAAUUAGAAGUAGACAAGGGAGGCUACUCACAACAUGAAUGAUAAGCUCUGCUUCUUGAAGUGAUACGGGAUUCCUUACAGGAUCCUCUUCCUACUUGUUUUCUCUUUAAUUCCACCCACUGACACUAUCCAUUUGAGACAGCUCCUUUCCUCCACCCACCCUAUGCUUUCAUAAAUGCA